CUUCCUCAUAUGAGAUCCCCGAUGCCUCACUAUUUCCAACAUACCUGUCUGAAUUGAAAUUCUAGUCAAAUUUGCGACCAAACAGGGUGGAGCAAGGGGAGGUAUGUGUGUUUGUGUGUGUGUCUGGCAGGGAUUUAGUGGGUGUCUCCGUAACAUGCGAGCGGUAGAAAGUGACAGAACUGGUGAGAUGAGUGAGUGCAACCGUAGGAGAAAAAGGAACAGGACAGAACAAGAUUUGUUUUUUAAUUAAAUAUUUGUGAAUUUAGGUGUUUUGCAGACCUACUUUUUCCCAUGCUGCCCUAACACUCCCAUGCUUCUUGAAGCUGUCUUUUUUUUCUUACAGAGCACCAAUGUCCAACAUGACCCCCACCAUAGAUGCCUCAGGCGGACAGCUGUUCUGUCCCCUGCUGGAGAUGAUGAAGGAGCACCGCCUCAACAACAACACACAGGCCAAUUUGGUGGUGGUCUGCAUCCAUGGACUGGUCUCCUGCCUGGGGAUUUUGGAGAACGCCCUCAUCCUCUGGGUGGUGGGCUUCCGCCUGAGACGCCGCACAGUGGCAUCUAUCUGGGUGCUCAAUCUGGCCAUGUCUGACUUCCUGACAACUCUGACGCUGCCCCUAUUCACCUACUAUCUCUACUCCUCGCAUAGUUGGGAGCUAGGCAGCCUACUUUGCAGUACGCAGGCGUCCAUCUUCUUCUUAAACAUGUUCGUGUCGGCCUUCCUGCUGGCAGCCAUUUCAGUGGACCGCUACCUUCUGGCGGCCAAGCCGGUGUGGAGCCAGAAUCAUCGCUCAGUGCAGGGAGCGUGGAAGGUGUGUGCAUUGGGUUGGCUGUGGGGACUAAUCAACACAUUGCCUUUCUUGAUGUUCCGCGCAGUGACCGAGAAACAGGAUGGAAGAAAACUGUGCUAUCAUAACUUUGCCUUGUAUUCAUCCUCUCAAUCCACUCUGGAGAGAGAUUGCAAGGUGAGGCAAGCGUCAACCGCCAUCUCCAAGCUCCUGCUGGCAUUCCUGUUCCCCCUGGUGGUAAUCGCAGGAAGCUACAUCCAAAUUGUUAUCAGCCUGAGGAACAGAAGCAGGAGGAGGAUGCAGAGUGCCGGGCGGCUCAUGGAUACACUUAUUGUGUCCAACAAAGAUGGGGCAAUAGAAGCUACAACUCCUACAACCACAAAAAACACUAAUAUCUUUCUCAAGCCUCUGUCUUCAGGACCAGCUUUGUCCCUGACACCUACUUACUUGUCACCAACUGCCCCUAAUCCCAAUCAGCUGUCCAAGAGCUUCACCAAGAUGGUAACAUUUGUGAUCGCAGCUUUUGUUCUGUGCUGGGCACCCUAUCACAUCUUCUGCAUGAUCGAAGUGACAGCCCAGUAUUGGCAAGAAAAUCUCAAUUUUGUGGAGGUGGGCCUGCCUUUGGCAACAACCUUUGCAUUCUUAAAUCCUGUGUUGAACCCCAUUCUGUAUGCCUUCAGCUGCCCAAACUUCUGUGUGAGAAUACGACAGAGUCUGGGAGCGGUGUUUGACGGUCUGGUAGAGGAAGGAGGGGGGUUACUUUCGGUUCCUGGGAGAACUAUAAGAGCUCAUAUUAGACAGAAGAGCAGUCGAGAUGUGAACUUUGAAAUGCCGCGGUCACCAAAGGGCUCAAGUUCACCGUGUCCAUCAACUCACAGCCCAUUGCCCCAACCACUGCAUUCACUCUCUGAAGAUCUCAAAGACACUCAUAAAUCAAAAGAUGUGGUUGAGCCUAGCUGAGCCUACAUUUUUGUUGGAAACAUGUACAUAUAGGCCUUAUUCAAUGGAAGCCACCACAAAAAGCAUGUAAGGAACUCUGUCGCUCAGUUCAUUUAUCAUCUUGGUCCAGACUGAAAUAACAAUUAUAGGUGAUACCAUAACUUUUCCGUGUAGCUUCCGCAUGAUUCAGACUAUUUUGUUUUUUAUUUAAAUGUCUUGAAAACUAUUGUGCAAAAUAAGUAUUCCACCACAGGAUGCAUUUUGAUAACAUUUGUUAUCCUCUUAAUUUUCAUCUAGCAACACCUUCAAGACAAUAUUUGCAUUGUGACUUCAUUUAAAUAUUGUCCAAAAAAAAAAGUUUGCACAGCAUUGAAUGGCAUCACUCAAUGCCAUAAAUCAAGUUAUAUGUAUUAUUAUAAAUCUUAUUCUAAUGCAACUUGCAAUAGUACGGAAGCCAUUAAAAGCUGGUGAAAGGGAAUGAAAAAUUCUCGUUACUUUAAAAAGUGUGUUUUUAAAUCUGUGGAAUCAGGUGAGAUACAAAAAUCUUACUUCAGAUGUAUUUAUUUUCUUUAUUAUUUUGUCAUUAUCAUUUUCACAAUGUUUUAUUUUCUUUCUGAAUUUCAGCCACAUUAUGCUGAAGUGCACCGCAUAUUCUAAAUAGGACUAAAAACAUUAAUAUUUUCUUUUCACCACACACUCUAAACAUAACAUAUAAAGCCAAAAGAAAAACAAAUCAGUGGUGUUAGAGAACUUUGUUACACACAAUUAUAUUAUGUACAUUUUGUUCAGUUUAUUUUGGGGCAUAUGCAAAAAGACAAAUGCCAACAUGGAUAAGAGAAAAUGCAAGGGAUGCUUGAGAAAUUGUCAGCCAAAAAAAAGACACACCUUUAGAAAAAGAUGACUUGGGUGUCCGAGGCUAACACAAUUCAUUUAUAAGAAUAGGCCCUGACUUUCUAUCGCUUUAAAGCCUUUAUUUUUCUUUAGUUAACUCCAUCAGCAGCUCUUCUGGCAACAUCUCUCCUUCCUCUUCUCUCUUACUGUCUUUUUGUUAUAAGUCUACAUAAAUGUGUUGAUUUCAAUAUAUUUAAAUAAUAAAUAAUGACACAAA